UAGCAAUAGUUUGAUUGCUAUGUAUAAAGAAAUUGUUAAUUUACAACCUAACUGGGAAGCUAGUCAUUUUCACCUAGCCAAGUACUAUGAUAAAAUGCUUAACACAGCUGAAGCUUUUGAAUCGAAAUCAGAUUUGAUGAUCAAAGUUGUUUAUAAUUUUGGCACCUCCCUGAAAUAUGGCUGCAAAAAUGUUUACCAUUCACUACCCAGAUUGUUAGACAUUUGGUUUGAUCUAGGAACUUCACAGUUAGAAGAAGGCACAUCUAAAAAGCAACAUACUUCAUUCAAAAUUAUGUCAGCUUGCCUAGAAAAAAUAAGAAAUUUGAUACUAGAGUUUUUUGAAAGUAUUCCUGAUUAUUUGUUCAUGACCGCAUUUCCGCAACUUGUCUCUCGAAUUUGCCAUUCUCACCCUGAUGUAACUGGUCCAUUGCAAGUAAGUUGCAAAAUUAUAUGCAUGAUGUUAAUUCUAUCAUGCUUUAUGAUAAUUCAGUCUUGCAAAUAACUUGUCUCUCGAGUU